UCACAAACGGACGCACUCCGUAAGGAUUAAUUCGCACGAUGGAUCUGUACUAUAUGCCACUGUCGGCUCCAUGCCAGUCGGUUCGGCUGCUUGCCAAAGCGAUGAACUUGCACCUUAACCUGAUCCAUUUGGACCUUUUUAAGGAAGAACAUUUGAAGCCAGAAUUCCUGAAGCUCAACCCGCAACAUGUGAUCCCAACGAUUACCGAUAAUGAUUUCGUUCUGUGGGAGUCCCGCGCUAUCCUUAUCUAUUUGUGUGAGAAGUACGGCAAAGGAGACGCAUGGUAUCCACGUGAUCCGAAGAAGCGGGCUAUGGUCAACCAGCGGUUGUACUUUGAUAUGGGCACCCUCUAUCAGCGCUUCAGCCAGCGCUUUUAUCCGGUGAUUUUCGAAGGUAAACCAUUACUGGAUGAGACGCUUCCCCCGCUGGAAGAGGCAUUUGGCUUCCUCGAAACGUUCCUGGCCGAUAGCACGUACGUCGCCGGGGAUCGGAUAACGAUUGCUGAUCUGUGUAUUUUGACGACAAUUACCUGCAUGAAGGUCGCUGCAGGAUUGGAUUUUACGCAGUAUCCAAACGUCGAGCGAUGGUACGGACUGAUGUCCGCGGAGGUGGCCGGGUUUGAAGAAGUUUGCGUCCAGGGAGCACAAGAAUUUGCACCGUUCUUCGAGGUGGUCAAAAAACUUCAGCAACAAUAAACAACUAGUGAUGCGGGCGAAUGCUUACUCAGCAGAUAAAUAAAUGAAAUAAAGCUGCCUCGGUGAGGUUUUUG